AUGGCGCAAACUCCACCUAGCAAGAUCCGCCUCCCUCCUCUCCCCUCCACCGCCGAUUUCUCCGAUAAUGCCAUCGCCGACUCCCCCUCCGCGUCCACAUCCGCCUCGGACGCUCGGUCGCCAUCGUACUUUACAGGCGGGAGCGUGCCUAUGCCUCGUCGAUCGGCUAGGCAGUCGUUUGCUACGCAACGAACAAGAAGAGGGAGUAGGGGGACAGUACUCAUCCACGACGAUGUGGAAGAUAUCAAGCUGCCGAGUUUGGUGCCCGGGAUCAGGCCGGCUUAUUCCACCCCAUUGCCUGGAUUGCCGAUGGUGGUGUUGUCAAUAGCGAUGCUCUCGGAGCUCCUGGCGGCAAAUCUGUGUACCCCUUUCAUUCUCAAGAUGGUAGAAGGUUUCUACCUCGCCGAUGGGUAUGAGAAGAACUCAGAGACCGAGGCGGAAGUAGGAUUGUGGACAGGCAAUCUUAUCUCGGUCUUCUUCAUCACCCAAUUCUUCACCAGUCUGCUCUGGAGUAGUAUCGCGGACAGACACGGUCGAAGAGCUGUCAUUGUUGCUUCGCUGGCGGGAAGUGCGGUGGCACUGAUUAUCUUUGGUACUUCCGAGUCUCUGCCAGAAGCAAUCUGUAUCCGACUCAUCCAGGGCAUCUUUGGUGGAGCUGUCGGAGUGUUCCGAGGAUCUAUCCGUGAUAUCACGGACGACACGAAUGCUUCUCGCGCUUAUGCCGUUCUGGGCUUCUCAUGGGGUUUCGGCGGUGUCAUGGGACCUAUCCUCGGCGGCAACUUCGAGUCCCCUGCCCAGAACUGGCCGGGUACUUUCCUCGCUAAUUUCCCGCUCUUCCGCUCUUUCCCAUACAUCCUGCCUACAAUUCUCGGCGCCCUCAUCCUCUUCGCCGGGGCCAUCAUGGCGUGCUUCCUCUCAUGGGACGGUGGUGUGCGAGGCGGAUCUCGAAUCACUCUUCCGGCCGAAAAGGACGAAGCGCUCGUACCCGUUCCUGACGAUGAUGGAACGCCUUUACGCCCCGUCUCGCCCGCACCGAGCCAUGGGACCGCCGUUCCGAGCAUGAGAGGUCAUCGGGAUAUGCUCAGUCCCGGGAUGGCGGAGACUGCUGCGGGAGGUGCAGGGUAUCCUGGGUUGAGUCAGCAGGUCCCGCAUGCGAGGCGAGAUAGUCGAGCGAGUCUGGGGACGGCGUAUGGGUAUGGUGGUAUUCGAUCAAAGCACCCGACGUUGGCGGCGCGGGCGGCACUUGAUGCUGCUCGUCGUGUAUCGACCGCCGAUGGUCCAGAUGACGGCGAGGACGAGGAAGAGCAGUCUCGACCGCUCAACUUUGCUCAGAAACUGCUACUUGCCAACGAAGAGAACACCUUCAACAUCAACGACCUCUGGGUCUCGGCUGCGGUCGCGCAAGACUCGGCCGUCUUUGACGAUGACGAGGAGUAUGACAAUCGUUCCGACGAGGAAGGCGAUCGGACCGAUAACGCCACCGAAUCCAACCACAGUACACCGCAGCCAUCGCCCAGUCUCGCUCCGCCUAGCAGCUACGGUCGCACCACCGGUCGAGCCGUCUCUGGCCGUCGUGUCGCCAGCUCCAGCCUCCAGCGUACCCUUCCAGGACACCGCCUCUCUGUCUCUCACGGUGGACGCCGGUUCUCCACUGCGUCAGGCAACAUGCCUGCCAUCUUUGCGAAUACGGGUCUGCGCACUCCGCCCGCUAGUAUCCGAUUCGGACACAGCCCGAACGCUGAGGCGAACGAAGAGGACCCAUUCUUCUCGACUCCAGCGCCGAGGAUGGGAGGUCUUAGUGUAAUCGCGGAGAGGCCGUCAGCUAGAGAGACCACGCCGUUGAGUCCGGGCGCACAGGUUAUGGAGAAGCAGCCGAGCUCGUGGUCGCUCUUGCCAAAGAUGAUGAUUCUGCAGUAUGGAAUGCUCGCUUUCCAUAAUACCACGCACGACCAAGUCUUCCUUUCCUUCCUCACCACCCAAUACAAGUCAGGCGGUAUCGGCCUCAACCCCGCCAACUUCUCCUUCCUCAUCGCCAUCAUGUGCCUUUUCCAACUGGUGUACCAAUUCUGGCUCUACCCUCGGCUCGGCCCCCCUCUUGGCAAGUUCUCACAUCUCCAGAUGUUCCGCCUCGGGUGCAUGUUUUACAUCCCGUCGUACAUGGCAUUACCGCUGCUUCGGGCUUUUGCGAGUCCGGAUCAGAGUGGAGGGUUCUUGAUUAUGACUUGUAAUGCCGUGCGAUACUGCGGCGGUACCCUCGCCUACACCUCCGUCAUGGUCCUCGUCAACGCCAUGUCCCCACCCAACGUCGUCGGCCUCUCGAACGGUCUGGCGCAGUCCACCGUCUCGUUCGCCAGGUUUUUUGGACCCGUCAUUGGCGGAGCGCUCUGGUCUAGCAGUAUCAAUGGCAAUCCGGAGGGAUACGCGCAUGGGUUUUACAUCUGUACAGCGCUGUGUGCGGUGCAGAUUGCGGGAUCAUUCUUGAUUCGGUAG